AUGGCAGAGACAAGAGGUGCUGAUCAUGCCACGUCUGAAAGGCGGGGUAAGGGCACUGCCAAACGUGCCACCGCUCCAAUGGAGGCUCCGCCAGUGGGGGUGUCGUCUACGGCUGCUCCUUGUGGGGCAUGCAAGUUCUUGAGGAGAAAGUGCAUUAAUGGCUGCAUCUUUGCACCCUAUUUCAGCUCGGACCAGGGUGCGGCUCGGUUCGCGGCUGUGCACAAGGUUUUUGGUGCGAGCAAUGUCUCGAAGCUCUUGCUCCACAUUCCGGUGAGCAGGAGACACGAUGCUGUGGUCACCAUAUCUUAUGAAGCUCAGGCAAGGCUAUCGGAUCCGGUUUACGGUUGUGUGUCAACCAUACUUGCUUUACAGCAGCAGGUGGCAUCCUUGCAAGCCGAGCUCGCAAUGGUGCAAAAUCAGCUAAUCAACAGUAGGUUUGCAGUAGCAAAUGCGCUUCAAAGCACACAACAGCAGCAGCAGCAACAACACAUUACGUUGUUACAGCCAGCAUACUCAAAUAACUCUUCGGCGUCGAACAACUUGGUUCACAUGAGCAGCUUCAACUCUAAUUUUGACAUUGCAGUCGAGACAGUCCCGUCUGGGCGUAUUUUUGAGCCUCUUCAACUUUCAAAGCCUUCCCGAGAAGAGGAUCAAGAAGAUGAGGAAGAGAGUCGAAAUCCGGUUGCAUUUGCUAACCAGAUACUUCAUCCAAGUUAA